UACGCCAUGGCGGCGCUCUGUAUUAUUCACUGUUUUACACAAAACGGCGCCCGGUGGUGACAUUUAAAGGUUUCUGAGCUUUCGGUUUUGUACCGGAACGUAAGUGGCGGUUUCGGAGAUGUGACUUUGGCUGUGAGAAGUAAUAGCAUGGAUCCAGACAGUGGGGCGGACACCCAGCGAACUCUCAGCCUGCAAUGGAAGAGCUACAAACUCCUUCAGGACCCAGCCAUCCGCAGGGUCGCUCAGAAAGUCUACAGAUACGAUGGGAUUCACUUCAGCAUCCCGGACUCAGGGUUUCCUCCUGUGGGGGAGUUACGUGAUCCUCGACCUCGGCGGAUCUGGUCCAGACACACAGAGAUGUCUCUUCCUUUGCCCAAAUUUAAGUUGGAUGAGUAUUAUGUGGGUCCCAUCCCGCUGAAGGAGGUGACGUUUGCUCGGCUGAAUGACAACAUCAGAGAGCCCUUCCUGUUAGACAUGUGCACUAAGUUUGGCGAGGUCGAGGAAAUGGAGAUCUUGUUCCACCCCAAGACCCGCAAGCACUUGGGUUUGGCACGUGUCCUCUUCACCAGCACCAAAGGGGCCAAAGACACAGUCAAACACCUGCACAACACUUCUGUCAUGGGCAACAUCGUCCACGCACAACUCGACAUCAAAGGCCAACAGAGGAUGAAGUAUUAUGACCUGAUCGUUAAUGGGUCAUACACACCUCAGACUGUCCCCACAGGAGGAAAAGCCCUGAGUGAGAAGUUUCAGCCCCCUGCUCCAGCACAGCCUGACACAUCGUCUGAUAUUAGACGGAAGCUAUCGACCGAUCAGGUGCCGGUUCCUCCACCCGGCAGCGCGACCCCGUGCUCCUUGGACACCGGAUUUGGGGAGCAGCGUAUGGACACACCGCCAUCCUCCCUCGGGGGGCCGUUCACCCCUGGCUCCUCGUGCUCUUCGCAGGGAGGCGGAACUCCUUACACGUCACGUUCUGGAACCCCCUUUUCCCAGGAUUCAGGAUACUCCGGGGGCAGGCAUGGAGGUUACAGCGGUGGUCCUGUGGGUGGAGGUUUCCCUGCUCAGGACAUGCUUCCUUCAUCUUCCUGCUCUUCAUCCGCCGUGUCGUCUUCGUCCGGGUUCAAGUCUCGCUUUUAUGACGAGCCUCACAGAGUUCCCCCUCAAGACCCCACGGUGUACCACAGAGGUCGGCCCGGUUUCCCCCCUCCUCCCCCUCUUCCCUGUUACCCCUCGUAUCACAACGCCGGCACAACUGGGAUGCACAUGCCCCCUAACCCUCACAUGCCCCCCUCAGGAACUCUGUACGAGUCUCCGCCAGUGACCGAACGAGAGCGGGACAGGGAACGGGAACGAGACCGGGGACAGAGAGACAGAGAUAGGGAGCGGGACAGGGACUCUGGGGGGCGCUAUGGCGUGUCUCGCCGCUCCUCUUACCAUCACCAACCGGAUGUAACGUCCAAGUCCUCCUACCAUUCACACCACUCGCACCGGGAGGAGCGGGAAAGCAGGUCGUAUCGUAGAGACAGCUCGGCCUCCAGGGAACACGGGAGGCACCGGAACCAUCACCACUCGCACAACCACCAUGGACGGAGGAGGGACAGUAGGGACAGGGAUGGAGAUUAUGCGAACAGCUCUGAUCCACGAUACAGAAGCCACUCCAACUCCAGCCAUCGUUCCUCCAACAGUAUGUCUCCUCCGCCCGCCUCGUUCGGAGGAUACAAUCAGUCUAAAGAGCUUCAGACCCAGGACACUCCAUCUUCGUCCCGCAUGGAGCCUUCUCCAUCCUUCAGGUCAGGGGAGAGAUCGAGCGGAAGUGGAGAAAACGAUUAUCGAUCUCACCACCCACCAUUACACCCUCCUCCACCUCCUCCACCUCCUCCUCUUCCCCCUGCUUCCGUCAUCGCCGCGGCGGUGGCCGAAACUCUGAGCUCGCUAGAUUUCGGCCAGGAGAGCCCAGUACGAGAGGAGCCGUGGAGCAAACCCAAGAGGCGCCCCAGCACCCCACCGCAGCCCCCCCAAACCCCUCCACCCUCCUCCCCUCCUCAUGCCUCCAUUCCUUCAUCAUCCACUUCACCAUCCUCUACCUCUCUGCCUCACCACCACCCUUCCUCCACUGCGUCUCUAUCCCCACCCCACGCACAACGAGACUCCUCCUCUCCGGAGCCGGACUCCACCAACGAGAGCCUCCCGUUUGUUCACCACUGCAGCAGUUUGGACUCGCGCAUCGAGAUGCUGCUAAAGGAGCAGAAAUCCAAGUUUUCCUUCCUCGCCUCUGACGACGAGGACGAAGACAAGAAGGACGAGGGCACCCAAGGAGGCUCGAGGAAGCUGCGGGAAGAGGGCGGAGACCGAGAGAUGGAUGGAGGACAGCAGAGGAGAAUGGAGAGGAGAAGCAGAGUGAGAAAACAGGCGGCAACACCAGCAGGAGGAGGAGAUGGAAGGAAAAGCCCUACAGAAAUGGCUCCCUCCUCCGCCUACCUCUCCACGUCACUGUCUGAGACGUCACAGGGACAGCAGGUCCUCAUACAGGAGGAACACGCAGCGUCCGACACGCAGAAGGUUGCAGGUGCACACACACCACCCACCUACAACGGAGAACGACAGCCAUCACCGCAUUCCUCUGGAGAAGAUAUGGAAAUCUCUGACGAAGACGACGGUGGUGGUAACGGCGGCAUAGCCUCGUCGUCGUCCUCCCCCGCCCCGUCUCAGUCGGCCCUGCCCUCUCAGAGCGCCGACCUCUCGUCCGCUUCGCCCCCAGAUAGCACGCAGCACUUCGGCGCCUCGAUGCCGCCCCCUCACAUACCCUCAUACCCUCCUCACCUGCCCCCUCCUCCACCGCCCGGCUUUUCUCUCCAGCCCCCUCCUCCUCCCCCGGGUGUGCCCCCUCCCCUGCCCCACAUGGAGCUUCACCCGGAGUACGCCAUGCCCCCUCACCUGUACGACUACGCCAACUCUGUGGAGCUGAUGAGCCAGUACGCCGGCACGUCCUUUCAGAUGCAAGCACACAUGCUCAGUCGUCUGCACCAGCUGCGAGAAAAGCACGCGCCUGGCUCAGAGUACCCACCCUCUUACCACCUCCACUCUCUGCCUCCUCCCUCGCAUGCACCACACCCUCAUCACCCCUACAUGGACCAAGAUGGAGCUGCUGGGAACCCCUACAUGCCCCCUCACAUGCCUACGUAUCCGUACCCUGACCCUCAUGCCGCCCAGCUGCCCCCUCACCACCCCCACGCUAUGCCUCCACCCCCUCACUCCCCAUGGCCUCCUCAUGUCGUACCCCAGCAUUACCCCUCCCACUACCCACCGCCGACAUAUAAUGCUGUGCAAGGGCUGGAUGGCGAGCAGUACACCAUUCCCAUGAUGGGUCAGAACCCUCACGAGGCCACGGUCCAGCUGGUUCUUGCUUCUCUAAUCGACGAGAUGAAGAACAUCAUGCAGAGGGACCUGAACCGCAAGAUGGUGGAGAAUGUCGCCUUUGGAACCUUCGACGAGUGGUGGGAGCGUAAAGAGAGGAAGGCUAAGCCGUUCCAGACCGCAAUGAGGGCCGUGUCUGCUGUGCGGGACGACGAGAAGAAGGAAGAGAAGACGAGCAGUCGGCCGCGUGAGCCGCUGAUGUCUCUGGUGGACUGGGCCAAGAGUGGAGGCAUGGAAGGGUUCUCUCUGCGUGGGGCUCUGCGCCUGCCUUCAUUCAAGGUGAAAAGGAAAGAGCCUCAGGAGCUGGCAGAGGAGGUGUCACUGAAACGAGUCAGGCCUUCGACUCCACCAGACGAGGAGGACGAAGACUCGUACCAGGGUAAAGGGUCUGACCGUGCAAGCCGGCCGGAGGAGACCCGAGCAGCAGAGAGAGACUCGGUACAGAGGAGGAAGAGACGCAAACCACGCAAAGCUUACGACCUGGACAGCGAAGGAGAGGAGACGUCUGAUGAGUCGUCAUCUGAAAAGGAGGAGGAUGAAGACGACAGCGAGAAAGACGAGUCCGAGGAUGAAGCCCUCAGUGCAGACAGCGAUGAUGAGAGCCUCUCCUCUUCAUCCGAAAGCCUGUCAUCGUCCUCUUCCUCGUCAUCUUCGUCUUCAGAUGAGGAAGACGAAGAUGAGCUGGAGCAGGUAGACGAGAGCGAGGCCUUGGACACGAUGGACGAGUCGACGAUGGACAGCGUUGCCAUGGAGAAGGAGAAGGCGAACGGCGGAGAGUCGCCUGCUGUGGCUGCAGCUGAGGUCAAAUCAGAAGACAAGAUGGCUCCGGCUGUGCCUGUAAAUCACCGGCCACCAUCUCCUCCUUGUCCUCGCCCAUCUUCUCCCAUCCUGCCUCCUCUGAAGAAACGGCGCAAGACCGUGUCCUUCUCCAUGGAGGAGAGUGAAACCAAACCCUCCAUCCAUGUCCCUGUAGCUCCUCUCUCACCCUCCUCCGCCGCUUCUCCAUCGCUCCUCCUUUCUCCGGUCAAAUCACAACCACCAGAUCAGCUUAUUACAUCAUCACCCACUGCUUCCACGUCAUCCAAACCUGCCCCGAUGCUCCGCCCGUUUGCUUCACGCCCGACCAAGGCCACGCCCCCUUCAGCGUCUCCCACCUCGGUUCUCACAGUCCCUCCUCCUGUUCGCUCGCUGCGUCCGGAGGAACCCAGGAAACAUUCUCCAUCCCCACAGUCGACCCCUGCCAAGUCUCCUCUCAGACGUGGCAAAGAAUCGCCCAGAACCCCUCCCACUCCUGUCUGUCUCACUGUCCAGAACCUUCCGCUGGACCAUGCCUCUCUGGUUCGGGUGGCCUACGAAGAGCCCGGCCCGAUGACACUCGCCGCCAAUCAGAAAGGUCGUCCACGUGGCAGGCCUCGAACCGUCAGCAUGUCGGCUCCCUCCACACCCUCGCUACUGGAGGAGGAUGAGUUUGAUGAAGAUGAGGAUGAGGAGCUUCUGGAGCAGAGAUUGAAGCUCAGGGAGCAGCUCGGAGCAUCCAGUUUGCUGCAGCUAGCAUCCGCAUCCACACCCGAUCUCUCCGUGCUAGCUCACGUGGCUGCAGAGAUGGACGGAGACAUUGACUCGGAGGAGACCGAGACGUCAGAUGAAGCCGAAGAGCACAAACUGGAGGAGGACGAAGUAGCUCGGCUUUUCACGUUAGAUCCAGGCGGAACGCUCGUCCUGCAGGAGCACAACUACUCAAAGUCUCCAUCUUUCCUCGUUCCCCCUAUUUCUCCUGCAUCCUCUGCUGUUCAAAGGAGGCAGAAACAGGACGCCGCAGUGUUGCUCCCUACAGACUUCCAUCAACACUGCGUCCAGGAGGCUCCUGAGGAGGUCAUCGGAGACUCUCAGACAGACACGGCGGAGUUCUACAGCACGGGGCUCGUAGGAGACGAGGCCGGAGUGCGUGUGCUCAGCCCCGUGUCUAAACGCAGAGGCUCUUUCAAGACCGAGGAAUCUCUGGAGAAAGGAAAGAGUAAAAAGAGGACUCGGAAAGACAAAGAAAACGUGGAGCUGCAGCCUGCUAAAAAACUGAAGCAGGACCACGGCAGGAAGCAGAAGAGAGGGAAGUUGGAGGAUUGCGCCCCGGAGGAGGACGUAGACGUGGAGCAGUUGGAGACAGCCGAUCUGUCCAGCUCCACCUCCAGCUCAGACUCCGGCGAUUCGGACUUCGGCCUGGACGAGCACCUCGGGUUCGAACGUGAGGAGGUGAGGAAAAGUGAGCGUCUCUUCCUGCAGGAAGCCGGAAUCACACCGUCGACCCAGAGGAAGUCCAACCUGGUCCUGCCUUCUCUCCCAGCCGCUCUGUUCUCGUACAAACAGCGCAGCGAGUUUGAACAGAUGACCAUCCUGUAUGACAUCUGGAACACCGGGCUGGACCAGGAGGACAUGUGUCUGUUGAAGGUGACGUACGAGAAGCUGCUGCAGGACGACCACAACGCCGACUGGCUCAACGACACACACUGGGUCCCUCACACUAUCACUAACAUCCCGAACCCACGGCGUAAGAAGAAGGCUGUGGACAGCCAGCUGAGGCAGCACGUGACAGGAUGCGCCCGCAGCGAGGGUUACUACGCCAUCAGCCGCAAAGAGAAGGACGUUUACCUGGACCUGGACCUCGCCGAGGCCAUGCAGGAGUCCGUAGACUACGACAUCUCGGGAUCGAACCGUGUGCUGUCGGAGAGGCGCUCGGAGCAGAGGCGUCUCCUCAGUGCCAUCGGCACGCCAGCCGUCAUGGACUCAGACCUGCUCAAACUCAACCAGCUCAAGUUCCGCAAGAAGAAGCUGCGCUUCGGACGCAGCCGCAUCCACGAGUGGGGUCUGUUCGCCAUGGAGCCCAUCGCCGCAGACGAGAUGGUCAUCGAGUACGUGGGUCAGAACAUCAGACAGAUGGUGGCUGAUAAUCGUGAGAAGCGUUACGCUCAGGAGGGGAUCGGGAGCAGCUACCUGUUCCGUGUAGAUCACGACACCAUCAUCGAUGCCACCAAGUGUGGAAACCUGGCACGCUUCAUUAACCACUGCUGCACUCCGAACUGCUACGCGAAAGUCAUCACCAUCGAGUCCCAGAAGAAGAUCGUCAUUUACUCCAAGCAGCCCAUCGCCGUGAACGAGGAGAUCACAUACGACUACAAGUUCCCCAUCGAGGAGAACAAAAUCCCCUGUUUGUGUGGAACGGAGAACUGCAGAGGAACACUCAACUAAAGCCCCUCCUACAUCCCCCACCCACACACCCACCCACCCACAGCCUUUAC